ACAACUGCCACGUUAUUUGCACAUGAUGUUUUUUCCUGUCUGAAGAUCUCGAAAUUUCACAGUCAUACCAUAUCUAUUUGAUAUAAACAAUUCAUCAGAUUACGUUGCUGAAUUCACGGAGGAGGAAGGGAUAGAGUAGAUAGAAUCUAACUUUAAAAGUGUACACCGAUGACAGGACAAUUGAGCACAAUGUAUACGCACUCAUUCCUGCUACUGACUAUGAUACCAGCAGCCUUAUCUGCCUGCCCACCCAUACACAUUAAGAUGCAACCAGACGAAGAUGAUUGGUGCCCAGGAGGAUGUCCAUCUGGAUCUUACUGUCAGGAUAGCUCCUGUUUACCCUGUUCGCCCUGCCCAGACCCUUACACACUGGCAGAGCGAGGAGAAACAGAGAUGUAUAUCAUUCCUGGGUGCAUAAAUAAUGGCUACUGUCCAAACACAUGUGCUGCUAAUUCAUUCACUCCAAAAGCCAAUGCAUCCUUGUGUGACUGCGAAGGGGUAACCCCACCACCUCCAGUAACCACACCUGUCAUGUGUAAGGACGGCUGUGUUCAUGGACACUGUGACAUCCCUGACGAAUGCAUUUGUGAGAGCGAUUGGGAAGGGGGGUUGUGUGACACGCUACCAUGCAUCCCAGGCUGUAUGAGUGGGUACUGCAACACCUCAUCAGGAGAAUGUGUCUGUUCAUCAGGAUGGGGAGGUGACAUCUGUGAUCAAGAUUUGAGAUACUGUAGUUCCAAUCAGCCAUGCAGGAAUGGGGGAACCUGCCUGGACAGUGAAGAUGGAAAUUACACCUGUCAGUGUGUGCUGGAUUUCACAGGAAUCACCUGUGAGACAGCUACAAUUCUACAUCUGUGCGAAGAGGAUUGCCACAACAAUGGCACUUGUCAGGAAAUGGAACGUGAUGUGUAUCAAUGCCAAUGUUCAGAGGGCUUUACUGGCACCAACUGUCAAGUUGCGGAGAGUAGAGGCCUACAAGGCAUGCAAGGUUGGAAGAGUGGACUGAUUAUUUCAGUUUCUGUCAGUGUGAUGAUUCUGGCUGUAGUAUUGAUAGUCUAUCUCUGCCGUAAAAAUUUGUACAUUAAGCAAAGAUGGAAGCAUGUCUGGCCGUUCAACAAUGAUAGCGACGUACAGCUAAUAGGUUAUUCUAAAAAGUCUGGCAAGGCACUGCGCUGCGAUCUCUCAGGGAACACAGUUAUUCUCCGAGAUCUGCACGAAUGGCCCCACUGCGAAGUCCACACUUGCCCAUGUCUGCCGGACUUCCCCGUGCUAAUCACUGAGGGCAUGAAUGAGUUGCCAGUGUCCAAUCUCCAGCCAGGGUUUACCUACACCUUUGAGAUUUGCAGACAGGAUCGGGAUGUUGAGGGGAACGGCAGCUGUGUGGCCAGCUGUGAUGUGCCAGUGGAAGGAUUUGCUAAUGAAGAUGAAGCGUGCACUGGCACAAUGAAGCUGAUUGAGGACAGCAUCUCACUGCGCAGAGACCUGGACAGAGUCUUAGCCGGAAGCCAGGACCUGCGUCAAUGUAUCUCAAGUUUCUUUCAAUUCAAGGAACGUCAGAGCGAAGCCUUUGUCAAGUCCGGUGAUGAACCGUGUGUGAAGACACUAUGUGAGAUCCUUGGAGCCAUGGACAGACUUGACUGUGGCGUGGACUCAUUACUGAGCCACCUGGCAAGGAGCAAACCCAACGGAGCCCAAGAGUUUGCCCAGAAACUGUGCAGAUCUCACCCUGGGUGUGCCGUGUGUCCUCACAUCUGCCAUCACAUGCAUGGAGGACUGACAGCGUGGGCCACGCAGCAUGACAAUCAGGUCACUUGCGAUUCAUCCUCUAACAGCACUAGUGUUUGAUGAUGUAAUCUAGAGAAGGCGAGAAGUUUGAUCAAAGGUCCAACCAUUAUCGAUUGGGCAAUCUGGCCAACUCACGUUGUUACUUCUUAACUGAGGAACUGUACUGCUCCCUUUUGUUUUACCUAUACUGUUCCUCAUGUGCAUAUUGCCCGGGGCCAAAUUGCAUGGCUCUGCUAACCACAUAAUUCCGUGCUUAAUAUCACCAUUCUGUGCUAACGCGCCAGCAUACAAAUUUUGGCUAACCCUGUAAGCACACAAUCCUUAGUUACGGGAUGUAUGCAU